CCCCCCCAUAGACUACUGUCAUCGGUGGUUAGGGUUUUCCUCUCUCUGUUGUGUAUUUUCUCCUUAAUCGAGUUCAUUUUUCAUUUUGUUGUAGAAAUAUUGGCCGUGAAUUGUUUGGGGUGGAAACCCUCAAGGAAGGUUUUCCUGAUAUCAAAAGGUUGUGCAAGGAGCUUAGAGUGCAGAAAUUCAAAUCGGAUAAAAAUGCUUCAGAUGGAUCUGCCAGAUAUUUGUUUCGACGAAAAUAUGGAUAACGAUUUUGAAUUUGAAAUCAGAGAAGUUGUUGAUAUGGAUGACAGGCCUGGAUUUGUUGCCCUAAUGAAAGCCAGAUAUUGGAAUCAAUUAGAGAAAUCAAAUAAAUUGGAGAAAGAUCUACCAGAGACUAUUGAAGCUACAUAUUGUCCACCCGAUGUUUUUGAAUUAGUGUGUAUCUAUGAUGCAGUAGAUUGCACCAAAGCUUUACUUGAAGGAGACCCUUUCGUUGUAGAUCCUAAUGUUCCCUUUAAAUAUGGAUUAUAUCCAUUGCAUAUUGCGGCUGAAGAUUUCUCGUAUGAUAUGAUUGACUUAUUACUUCGCCACGGUGCUUGGACUGAUGUCAGAACCAUAGAAGGUGAAUUCAGGGGUGACUUGCUGCCUCUGAAUAUAGCGCUCGAAAUGUUGAGUUAUCAUCGAUACCUGUCUAAUUGGACUCCGAAGCAGUCUAUUUUCAAGUUGAUUGCUAUUCUUUCCCUGCCGCAAAUGAAAGUACCAUUAGAAACCAAUAGGUUACUUGCAUGGAACACAAAAGAUGUGAAUAAUAUAUUUUACCAUUAUGCUAUGGAGGGAAAACUCAUUCCAAUGGCUGCUCUGCUGAUGGUGGCUCGAGAAAAGAUUAUGGCUCCAAGCAUGCUGCAGGGCAAAGAUAGUUAUGGUUUAGAAGGAGGCAUGAUGAUCCGCCAAUGCAUCCGUGAACAGAUUGCUUUACUAAUCGAUGAGGAGGUUGAAUUAAUGUGCAUUGGUAAAAAUUGUAAUCAGAGGUUUGAGAAUAAGAAGGCAGCGAUGAAAUUUGCACUGCUGUUGCUUGAUGUUUUUGAUAGGGCUGGUGAUGCUAUUGAAACACAUAGGCUGUCCAUACGAUAUAAUAUAUCAAAAGAAAAGGUGGCGAAAGACCUCAAACAGCUGCUUGAGGAUUCGGGGUUUGUUUUGAAGGGCAAGGACAUAAACUUGAGGGACAUAAACUGUGAAAAUGAAGAUAUCAAGCUGGCAACAGAAGUGUUGGAAAAGAGAACAUCAUUUAGGUCUCAAUUUCAGGAUCUCUGCCUGCCACUCCACUCACCGUCGCACAGUUUUUGCCAGACAAAGCAUCCAAUUACUAACAAAAGAAAUGAGCGAAUGUGGGCAAUGUCUAAAUUUAUUGAAUGGGGAUCACCCGUUUUAGCGCCCGAACGACCUUACUGUAAAUUCCAGUUGAUGGAGGGUGAUUCCACAGGGUUUCCUCUGUAUCGGUUACCAACAAACAGGAAGAUGGGUACAGCGAUGAAAAUACCAGCUGCAUUUUUUCUAAAUGUAAAAGAUUUUGCUUCCUUGGCAUUAGCAAUCAAGAGGGGGUUAACACGCAUAUGAUUUGCCUAAGAACCGCCUAAGAACCAUUUUCGAAGGUAAGAAUGAUUUCUUUCCUUCCUUUUUAAGAUUGACAUCAUCUUUUUUUCUUUGUAAUAAUUUUUUGAAGAACAAAAGUGGCUUCUGAAGUAAAUUGUUGUCUAAAUCUUCUACUCCUUGUUA